AUGAAGUAUGUUCUAAAAGGCGCAAGGGAAGGACCCAAAGAGGAGCGGAAGCCGGCAAAGAAAUUUGAUGAUGAAGCAAAUACAGCAGCAGAUAUAUUAGCAGAAAUUAAUAUAUCACACAACAUCAAGACUCAAGCUGACUGCAGCACAAUUAUCAAGAACACAACAGAAGUGGGUGAAAUUAGAAAUGAUGAUAAAGCCUCUCGUAAUGACUCAGCUGGGCCGAAGGCAUCUGCCAAAUCACAAUUGAUGGCGACUUUUGCUGCAAACAAGUGGAAACCCCCUUUAUUUGAAUGUUUCAAGGAAGAAGGACCUUGGCAUAAGAAAUUGUUUACCUAUAAGAUUGUAAUGGAGAUUGAAGGAGAAGCAUCAUCAACAGUGUUGGAGUGUUUCGGUGACCCUAAGUCCAAAAAGAAAACAGCAGCAGAAAGUGCAGCUGAAGGGGCCUUGUGGUACUUGAAGCAUCUGGGUUAUUUUCCAAUCAAAAAGUCACAUGAGGUGGCCUUUGAAGCCUUUUCCACUGAAGGGAUUAUUUUGAAUACUAUGAUUCGGAAGCAGGUGGUUCAAGAUGUCAAGGAUUGA